CGAUUGCGUGAUAUUUUUGAAAAAAAUUAUUACAGUAGUAGUCGUAAGUAGUAACUAUUAGAAUUAUUAUACUGGUAUAUAAUUAAUAUAUAAUCAUUUUUUUCGAAGACUCGACUGUCUUCUGAAUGUUUUGAAUAAUAUAAGCAAAUAAUAUUGAUUUCUCGACUUUACAAGGAGAAACCAUUUGUUGAUAUGGAAGGCAUUAAUAUACAAAUUGAACCAUGCAAGACUUAUUUUAGUGACGGAUGUGUAGAAACCGCAGGAACUGAUGAAACGGAUUUACUGAGAGGAGAAUCAAAACCUAACUCAAAUGAAUCUACUAAUAAUUGGCCAUCAUGGUUAUUAAAAAAAUCAGCAGUAAUUGGUUAYGGUGCAUUGAAUACAGUUGAUUACCUUGGUGAAUCUUUGGCUAAUUUUUUUGGAAUCACUACACCUAAAUAUCAGUUUGAAAUAAAUUACCACAACAACAUAAUGCAAGAAAUGAAUGCGGAAAAAAUUGCCAAUGAAGAAAAUAUGAAAGGAUGGACACAACAGCCUCCAAAAUGUAUUGUAACAGCAGAACCGUGUUAAAUUUACAUUUUCCAUUACUUAUUUGAUUUAAAAAAAAUACUAAUAAUUUAUUCAAUUAAAAAURCAUGGUAUG